ACUCAUCGUCUGUAAGGAAAGCACAUAAUAAUGGAAAAAAUCACAUUAUGAAUGUGCGCAAUUAUUAUGCUGCCAUUGGGCAUAUUAUGUCUAAUGGAUCUUUUAUAUGUUCAAUGGUUUCAUUGGAUAGAAGAACGACAACUUUAAAUUUUAAAUCAUCAUCGUCCAAAAAAAAUAAUACAGAAUUAGGUCAGGAUAAAGCACAAGCUAUUAUUGAUGAGAUAACAAGGGCUUACGAACGUGCGGGCCAAUCCGGAUUUCCUUCUCAAUAUGGAUACCCUGGUGCAAUACCUCCACCAGCUGCAGCCGCAGUUAUACCACCUGGACCACCAUUCGCAGGACCUCCACCGGCAAUAUUGCUCGGUAGACCACCUGCAACAGGAGCUCCAGGAACAAGUGGAGCACCAGGUGUAAUGUCAGCAGCACCACCAGGUAUAGCAGGCGCACCGCCCGUCUUGGGAGGACCACCAGGGUUAGCAGCACCAUCUAUAGGUAUAAGGCCACCGAUUGCCGGUAUCGGAACAUCAGGAAAUAAUCAAAUUCCACCAAGCUUCCCCGGGGUUCCCACAUCACCAACUCAACCAUAUA